AUGGCCAAAAAUUUCGAAAAGCUUACUGGCCAGCCCACUGCCUGGUGCAAUGAGGUAGCCAGCUACGAACUCACUCGCGAGGGCUUACUUCCCCUGAAGGCCAAACAACUCCGAACUUCAGCUAACCUUAACCGCGGCCUCGCCAAGCCCUUGAGCUCAUCCUUCGUCACACGAAAAGCACCAGAACCACUGCCCUGCCGCUCUAUUCCAGCGGCCUGUGCCAAACAUCACAUGGCUAUGGAAGAUGAUUCGGAUUACAAGUCAAUCCAUUCUCGGGCGGGGCAUGAUGAUCCCGGUUCGAGCAUUGCAGUCAGCGAGGUGCUGGAUGGAUACGAUAUUUUGCUCGAGGAGGGCGGCGGGUCAAGGACAAUCGGAGUGACGGGAGCUGUGUUUCUUAUCCUGAACAAGAUGAUCGGAACUGGAAUAUUCUCGACGCCCUCUAGUAUCUUUGCCUCAACUGGCUCUGUUGGCAUUUCGCUUCUUCUUUGGGCAGCGGCUGGCCUACUUACCCUUUCAGGCCUGAGUGUCUACCUUUCCUUUGGGCUCGCAAUUCCCCUCUCUGGAGGCGAGAAGAACUACCUCGAGCGCGUUUUCCGCCGACCCCGAUACCUGGCAAUGAGCAUCUUCGCUGUUCAGAUGGUUCUGCUCGGGUUUUCUGCAGGCAACUCACUUGCCUUUGGCCGCUAUAAGGGGUGGGAGAACGCUAACUACGUGAUGGGCGAGCUCAAGAAUCCACGCAGGACGCUUAAAAUUGCGGCACCGUUAGCUGUCAUUGGAGUGACUGUGCUGUACGUCCUCGCCAACGUGGCCUAUUUUGCAGCUAUCCCGAAGGCGGAGCUAGCAAAGUCUGAAGUCAUUGUAGCAGGGCUGUUCUUUAGGAACAUGUUUGGGGAGAGUACUGCCGCAAGGAGCUUACCGGCGUUUGUGGCCCUCAGCAAUAUCGGCAAUGUGCUGGCUGUGAGCUUCGCACAUUCUAGAGUAAACCAGGAGUUGGCCAGGGAAGGAUUGCUGCCAUGGAGCAAAUUCUGGGCUUCCAGCAAGCCUUACGGCACCCCAGCAGCGUCACUAUUCCUCCACUGGAUUGUCACCAUCAUCGUUCUCAUCGCCCCUCCUCCAGGGCCGGCAUAUAAUUUCCUUGUUAACUUAUAUACUUAUCCUGGUGCCUGGAUCAACACUUUCGUCGCUGGUGGUCUCAUCUACCUGCAAUACAGCAAAUCCGAAAACUGGUCCUCGCCUUGGCGGACAAGACUCCCUGUUGCUGUCACAUUUUUACUUCUUAACCUCUUCCUCGUCAUUACCCCAUUUAUUCCGCCGAACGGUGACUGGAACGCCGACGGCUACCCAUAUUACGCCUUCCCGCUGGUCGGCACUGGCGUUCUACUUUUAGGCGUUGUAUACUGGCUGGUCUGGACCAAUAUCUUGCCAAGAUAUGGCGUUCAUGUGACUCUCGGGAGAAAGCGUUCCGAGUUCGAGGUCGUUGUGAGUGAAAUUGACGUGACGCCCUCACAGGUUGAGAGGAGGGGGCCAAACUGGACGAAGCAGCCGUUGCUGGGCGAGAGAUCCGGCCAGGGUUCCGCUUACGGGAGUGUUAAUUUAUGA